UUCUAUAUUUUUUCCUCUCCUCUUCGUUCACCACCAUACUCGCUAGUCGCUCCCCUGUCUCUCUGUUAUCAUGCGCACCUCCUCCUCCUUUCUGGGAGUAAACUCGGCAGAAGACUGAAGCCUUGUAGUGAUAGCAUGUUAUAUUGGAAGUGGUGACAGUUUGUGCAUUCGGUUCUCCUUUUGCCCCGCGCUUUUAAAGGCCUUCUCUUAUUUCUCGCAUCUCUUUUAAGUUUUUUGUCUGUUCUGGAUGAUUGAAGUUUUGGAUCCUGAUUAGCGAGGAUUCCUGAGUUUCUUUUAAUCAGAGACGGGCGUUUUGAAUAUAAGGAUUUUCGAGGGCAUGGAGGUAACAUGUGGUGCAGCUUCGCAAUUCUCUGCUCUCAUGAUCGGUUCGAAGAGAAUUAGAAGGAAGCCGAAUAUGGCCGUGGUGCCGUUGAAUCAGAGAGAGAUAAAAGAAUGUGUGAUAAAAAUAUGUGAUUUGAGCCGGAAAGGCAUGUGUAGGCGGCAGAGGAGGUUCGAUUUCCGGCUUUCGCACUCUUCUAACCAUUCACAAGUGUUGGAAUCUGGAAAUCUUUGUGCAGCUUUUAACGAGGACUGGUUGUUAAAGAACAAGGCACAAGAGGUCGCUUCAUGCUUAAAUGGACGAUCAAUAUUUCUUUUGGGAAUGAUGGGCUCUGGCAAAACAACAGUGGGCCGAGUUCUGUCAGAAGCAUUAGGUUAUUCCUUUGUUGACAGUGAUGCGCAUGUGGAACAGGCUAUGAGUGGAACUUCUGUGGCACAAAUAUUUAAACAGCGUGGGGAGAGUUUCUUCAGAGAUCACGAGAGUGAGGCAUUGCGGAAAUUAUCCUUGGUGCCCAGGCAAGUUGUUGCCACUGGAGGUGGUGUAGUUGUUCGCCCUAUCAAUUGGAAAUUUAUGAGGCAGGGGAUCACUGUCUACUUAGAUGUACCCCUUGAUGCCUUGGCCAGGAGAAUUGCUGCAGUGGGAACGGAUUCACGCCCUCUUUUGCAUUUUGAUUCUGGAGAUGCUUACACAACGGCUUUUGUGGGACUGUUUACUCUUACCAAAAAGAGAUCCGAGGCAUAUGCCGAUGCUGAUACUACAGUUUCCCUUCUAGAUCUUGCAGCCAACCUGCAUCUUGAAGAUGUGUCUGAUAUCACGCCAACUGCCAUAGCAAUUGAGGUACUGGUAGAAAUUGAGGAAUUUCUACUGGGGGAGAAUGGCAGGUCCCUCCGAAUGUAUCCUUAAAUAAUCGAAUAUCAUGGUUUUUGUUUUCAAAAGUUUUCACGUGUAUCACAAGCAGCGGUUUCUGUACGGUUGAUGCAAAUAAGAAAAAAAAAACAUAAGUUAUUCUUUUCAUUACAUAAAAUAAUUGUAGUUCUAUACUCUUCGGUGAGAAACAAAAUUUACAAGCGGUUCAAUCGGUAGGGUUGUUGUAUCUGAUGUACAGAUGAAAUAAAGGAAUCUAUGGCAAACAUUUCAAGCUUGUGAGAUAAUAGCAGGUUAUAAAGCUGUACUAUAUGAUGAAACGGUACAGCUAUAAAGAGAUUUUAUAAAAAUAAACUCACAAAUUGAUAUGGAUUCAUAUGAUACGCUUGAUCUACUUUACAAUAAAAGUAGUUUUACACUUUAACCUGACGCAUCAAGCCAUGUUAGUUUUUUCUUGUGAGAUCUAUUUAUUGUUAAAGUAUUUUUCAUUUGUUAUUUCCCUCUUAGAGACUUUUGGAUCUUGCCAAAUAGGCUAUACUAUACUAUUGAUAUUACAGAAAGCUCGAGUGUUAAUUAUUUAGGGGGAAAAAAAAAAAACAGCUGAGGUGUUGAUCUUUAUGGCCUUUAUAUGUAUCGCUUUGACCACCUAACCGAGUCAGGUCAAUGUCUAAUGGCCCUGAGCUACCACCCCCGAUCUCGUAGGUUUCUAUCUUCAGUAUUUCCAAAUUUGACGAAAACAAUAAUAGGUAAUACUACAAACAGUUAUACAAUGCAAAACAUGGCACAA